AUGUCUCCGCUUGUAUCUGAGGAACUGCAAUUGCAGUGGCUAGAUUAUCAGCAGUUGGUUGCGCCCAAUCAUAUAGAGCAACUUCUGGCACAAGGCUGUUUGCCCUUCUUGUUAGCCCGAUUCAAUGUCCGGAAUGUUUUCUUGGGAUUUGAGAGUCCUUUAAAGAGGUCACCAGCUCUUAAGGAGCUUCUAGCAUUGAAUGGGGAGGCUCAAAGUUUGCUGAAUUCGCUCCCAAUAAACUCCAUUGAUACUUGGGAAGAAUUAGUCAAGCAGUUCUUAAACAAGUUCUAUCCUCCUAACAAAACUGCGAGGCAAAUUGAUGAGAUAUUGCAGUUCAGGCCAUUGAAUGAUGAUGAGCAAAGGAUAAAUGUUCCAAAGGCCAUAACAUGUAAUGAAAGUAAAAGAGAAGUUUCUGUUUUACAAAAUGUAGCUAACAAGCAAGUAGACAAAGUAUUCACUUUUGACAAGGUUUUUGGCCCAAAAGCACAACAGAGAUCGAUAUAUGAUCAAGCCAUUUCGCCCAUUGUUAAGGAAGUUCUUGACGGAUUUAAUUGCACUGUAUUUGCAUAUGGGUAAACUGGUACAGGUAAAUACACAAUGGAAGGAGGAAUGAGGAAUAAGGCUGGUGAAUUACCAGCUGAAGCAGGUAUUAUUCCAAGGGCAGUUCGCCAAAUUUUCGAUACGCUUGAAGGUCAAAAUGCAGAUUAUAGCAUGAAAGUGACUUUUUGGGAACUAUACAAUGAAGAAAUCACUGACUUGCUAGCUUCAGAAGAGCCCUCAAAGUCUUCAGAAGAGAGACAAAAGAAGCUUGUAUCUCUCAUGGAGGAUGGAAAAGGUUGUGUUGUAGUGAGGGGUCUUGAGGAAGAAGCUGUGUACAGUGCAAACGACAUUUAUAACCUCCUGGAGCGAGGAGCAGCCAGGAGGCGCACAGCAGACACUCUAUUGAACAAACGCAGCAGGUAG